AUGGAUCGCGGGGCCACAGUUGAAAACCCCUAUGCCAGCGUGACCAUACCCCGAGCUCAACUCAAGGAUGGCUUCCUGAAGUAUUACCUGGGUGAGGAUUUGACCCCAGACACUGUGAUCUUCAACCCCAGCACCCUCCCCACUUACUCGGCCUGGGAGAAGGAGAGGGAGGCGUCGCAGCAGGUAGCCUGUCCUGCCUGGAAAGGUCAGAAAAUCCAGACGCAGGAGUCGUGGGCCCAGCCUUACAAUCCCUAUGCCAGCCUCAAAAUGCUCAGCGGGGACUCUCCGGAGCCAUUUCACUGGAAGAGCCAUGAGGUUGCAGCGACAGGCCACAGGGAGGAGGAGAGCUGUUGUUGCCCCUGUUGCAGGAAAUGCUGUCCUUGCUGCAGGAAAUGCUGCUGUGUCAUCUCCUAA